AUGGCAGAAGCAAUCUUGUACGGCCUUGCGCAAGAAAUCCUAAAAAAUCUAAAGAGUACAAUCACCACCAUCAACAAUGUCCUGAUGGAUGCUGAAGAGAGACAAGCUGAUAGCCAUGCUGUUCGCGGUUGGCUUCAGAACCUUACUGCUGUUGUCUAUGCUGCUGAUGACUUGUUUGAUGAGUUUGCUACUGUUGCAUCACAGAAGCAGCUUAAGUAUGGAAACAAGUUCACUAAAGAGGUAUCCACUUUCCUCUCUAGUUCCAAUCAGAUCAAGUUUGCUUUGAGCAUUUCCCAGAAGAUUAAAACAAUCAGGGAAGAGUUAGAUGGUAUUGUCAAAGACAGUACUGAGUUUGCCUUUGUAUACCGACCUCGUGAAGAAGGGAAUGUGCUAAGUACUAGUAGCCAUCUUAGGGGGAGAGAUCAAACUUAUUCAUUUGUGGAUGCAGACGAAGUUAUUGGUAGGGAAGAUGAUAAGAGAGCAAUCUUAGAUAUACUUCUUGAAUCCUGUGAAAGUGAGAAUGAGGUACUCCUCCAUGUUAUCCCAAUUGUUGGGAUUGGAGGACUGGGCAAGACAACCUUGGCUCAACUCAUUUAUAAUGAUCCUCAGAUUGAGAAGUACUUUGAGUUGAAGCUAUGGGUUUGUGUAUCAGAAGAUUUUGAUAUGAAGAUGCUUACAGAAAAGAUCAUCAAGUCAGCAACCAAUGCAGAAACUCCGAAUAUAGAGAUGGAUCAGUUACAAGGUUUGCUGCGAAAAGAAGUAGGUGACAAGAGAUACUUGCUUGUUUUGGAUGAUGUUUGGAACGAAAAUCGUGAGGAAUGGUUGAAGCUGAGGCCUGAGGGCUCUAUUGAACAUUGGAAAAACAGGGAGCAAGAUACUUGUAACUACUCGAUCAAGGAAGGUGGCUAG